UCAAAAUAUGUUACUGUUGCUGAGGGCGGCUUCAGCAUCUCUCUUACGCUUCCAUAAAUAAGGUUUAACUUCACCACCAUGGAUUAUACUUUCAACUUCACCGAAGACGAUUACUCAACCGACUAUGAUGAUGAAGUCUGUGAAAAAGCUGAAGUGGUCAAAUUUGGAUCCAUCAUCGUUCCAGUUUUCUUCACUAUUGUCAUCACUCUGAGUCUGACAGGAAACAUCCUCGUCCUUGUGAUCCUGGCUUUGUAUGAAAACCUUAAAUCUCUGACCAACAUCUUCAUUGUCAACCUGGCAAUCUCUGACCUUGUCUUCACUGCUGGUCUCCCCUUCUGGGCCAUCUACCAUGUUUGGGGUUGGGUGUUUUCAGAGUUGGUCUGCAAGAUUGUGACUUUUAUCUUUUUUACGGGGUUCUACAGCAGUGUCCUCUUCCUGACAAUCAUGACCAUCUACAGGUAUUUGGUUGUGGUCCACCCUCUCUCUUACAUGAGUUCUCUGAAACCGUGGACAGGAUUUUUUCUUUCUGUUGUCACGUGGAUAAUCAGUAUUGGAGCAGCCAUGCCAUCCUUGCUACAAACCUCCCUUGUCUCAGUCCACCACAAGGAUACACACUCCUUGGGAUGUGAACUCAACAUGCCCGGGCAAGUCAUUGGUAUUUACCAGCAGAAUGUUUUCUUCUUGAUUGCGUUUAGCAUUAUGGCUUUCUGCUACAUUCAGAUCUUAAGAAGGAUCAUUAGAACAAGGUCCCGCACAAAGAACAAAGCAGUGAAGUUAGUUUUCUGCAUUGUGGCCGUCUUUUUUGUAGGCUGGGUGCCCUACAACGUUGUAAUCUUUUUGAAAUUUUUAGUUCUUAAAGUUCAAACCUUUGAUGGCUGUGCAGCGAGCAUCAGGCUUGACUAUGCCUUUUUUGUGUGUCGGAUCAUUGCUUUCUCUCACUGCUGCUUGAACCCUGUCUUCUAUGCAUUUGUUGGAGUGAAGUUCAGGAACCAUUUGAAGUCACUGUUGCAUCGAAUGUUCAGGCAUCCAAUUCCAGUGGACACUGAAGUAGUCAGAAUGCAGAAUCUCAUGUCACGUGGAUCAUUGUACUAG